AUGGCACCCAAGCCAGACCCCAAUGCUUCCAAGAAGCCUGUUAAGCCUGUUCCUGCUGCUGGUGCUCAGACCGCAAGGCCUGUUACUCCUGUUGGUGCUCCAGCCCCGGCAGACGCAAAGCGGAAGGCUUCCCAGUCCCCUCCACCUGCUGGUGGUGCAACAACUGCUCAGGCUUCUCGACCUGCCAGACCUGCUGCUCCUGACCGAAUCAACAACCUUCGUAUCACUGCUAAAGAGGGAAACAAGGAGGUACCGAUUGCGAAUGGAAAGAACGCGCGAUACGACCUUACCGAAGAGAUCGUGCGCAAAGCUCUGCGAGUGCUAGAGAGCACCGAGGGCAAUGACAGCCUCGCAAACAUGACAUUAGCGCUCCUUGACAACUACACCAAGCGCAAGACACCCACUACUUGGGGAAACCGGCCACGGACAAUCCCAGCUCUGAAAUUGGAAAUGGCUGCAUUUGUCAAGAGGCUCAGAGACAAUUUUCCGGAGAUCAAAAUCCAGACUGCGCCGGAUGGUGACGCCUAUACCAAUCGUUAUGAACCGAUCGGGGACACGGGCGCUGUCGAUUUCUCCAAGUUCGACAUUGAGCGUGUAGAGUUGAUCCUGCCUGCGGAUCUCAUUGCGAACAUCAUGAAGGCCGAAGAGAAGAAUUGCCCUACUACUCACCACAUGUUCCACCUGAUACUCACCGUUUGUCACGAAGUCAUCCACAUACUCGUCUGCGCCUUAUCAGCAGAGAAACGGCCCGUGACGCCGCCUGAUAUGGAAGUGGAAGGCCAUGAGGAAGGCGCGGGUGAGUCUGGUUGGUGGUGGGAAAUCAAGUUCCUGGGAGGCAUCGUCAAGAUGUACCAGGAUAAGACCGAUCCUGCAGCAGCUGUCUUGGCUACACGGCAGUCCGGUCUGCCUCUUCUCGCAACCGGCAAUGCCACCACUUCGACUUUCCGACGCAUCGACCCGGCAUACAUUGCAGAUUUUGUGAAGGACUCGUCCCCGGCCGGCUUCAAGCGCUUUCCUAUCAAGUGUACCGCUGACAAGGCGAUGUCCUUCGGCGACGUAAAGAAGAAGUACGGCGGGCCCAUGUCAACCGCUCGGGCCAAGAACAGGGUCAUCAAGAACCCCUCUGUGAAUAAUUCGCCCGAGCGGAAGCUACCCAAGGCUGCCAAGGUCGAGGCCUCGGCCAGCACAGCAUCCGGCACAAGGACUAGCGCCCGCGGACAGGCUGCUGCUGCAGGGAAGCCAAAGACAACCGACGCGACCAUGCCCGUCCGCCCGAAGCCCUAA